CUGGAUGUAAUGAUAUGCGCUGUGGUUGUUGUCCCUUUGGGAUUUAACACAGUUCAUAGACCUCAGUAACUGUCGAAAAACUUACUGAGCUUGGAGCCUUCAUCAAAACCUUCUCACUCGUCAAACGGCCUUCAAGCUUCUCCACGCACCCAUACAUUCGACCACAUCCAAAAAACUUCCAUAAAACCUUUGGUUCACCAUGGCUUCCGCCAUGUUCAACCCGCAUGAUAACCCUUACUUGACUAGCCCUGGCUCUGAACCCGACCAGGUGUACACUCAACCUUUCACCAACUUUGAUCCAUUUUGGCAACCCAACGAGUUUGACUGGAGUGAUCUUGACUUUUUUGACCCUGGCGAUAUUGACAUGAACUGGAUGGGCCAGCCACUUGAUGAAACUACAAUGGCACAAUUACCAGGAUCUAUGUCAAGUGAUGGUGCAAACAUGGAGCGAGCAUUUGUGUCGGAUAGUGGCCAAUUAAUCUUUCCACUAACCCCUCCAGACACAUUUACUCCUGAUUCUACUCCUUGGACAUCAUCAUCGUUGACCAGUCCCCCCCCUUCCAAUACCUCGCACACAACAAUACCAUAUCAUCAGUCACCACCCAUGCCUUCCUCGUCCCCGCCAACUCAGUCGUCGUCCUCCACCCCACCUGAUUCUAGAAAACCCUACAUCUGCACUGUCUUCCAACCCAUUCGCUCCUACACCAGCUUCCAAUACCUGAAACGACACCAAAAAAGGCACAACCCGCGGGUUACAUGUCUAUCUCCCACGUGCAGCCUUCGCUUCCCAGAAACAAAAGAUAUGAAAAGACAUGUUCAGACAAGCCACCCUGGGGUUCUGCCACCUGAACGAUACUUCUGUCGAGAAAAGGGGUGUGGGUAUGCGAGCAAGGAGUUUUCCAGAAAAGAUAAUUUAAAGCGGCAUUUGAAAGAUGCGCAUGGGUGGUUGGGGCGUUGAUAUGGUCACAAAUUCCUAUUAUUUCCCCCUCUUUCUAAUCACGCGUAAUUUGCUGCUUAGCAACGUUUGGGAUGGCGUUAAUUGCUUUGAAGAA